GUCAGUUUUUCAUUGGUUGAGUAGAAGAAUGCAGCGCACCGACUUGGAAGGCUUGAUUUUUAUCGAAAACCCUUCCUCACAACAAAUGUCACUCCAUAUUUAAUAAGCUUAUCGCCAAGUAGAACCCUUUGACAUAUCAGGCUUUGAAAGCGAAAGUAGAUGUCAAGAAAUUCAUUAUCAAAUUUUAAAUGACAUGCGGACCGGAAGUCGCAAAUUUUGCCUAUAGUGAAGACAAGCUUGAUUGAAAUUUCAAAUCCCACUGAUCUUGUCACCAAAAUGGAAGCACUGAGGUCUUGGUGGGAAGUUCCAAGUAUAGCUCAUUUCUGUUCAUUAUUUAGAGCAGCAUUUGAUCUCCCUGAUUUUGACAUAGAGGAUUUAGAGAACUGUUUAUAUGCCUUCUGUGAAGAUCAAGAAAGUCCGUUUGUUAUAGACUUAAUCUGCAGACUACUUAGAGGAUGCUAUAGCAGAAAAGAUAUUGAAUCAUAUAAUUAUGAAGUUUACUUGAAAGACAUAUUUAAAUAUCGAGCUGCUACUGAAGAAAAACAAGAAAAUCCAUUUGUGAAUUCCGACUUCAAGUCAUUAGAUUUGAGAACUAAGGUUGAAGUACUUCAUCAGUUGUGUGAUUAUCGUCUAGAUGCUGCAGAUGUUAUGGACCAACUUAAGGGAUUGGAAGGUGAUAACAUGCGUGUGUCACCACUGGGAUCAGAGGAUAGUGGUGCCACCUAUUGGUAUUUCUAUGGAAACAGACUGUAUAAGGAAGACCCAGAACCAGUUAUUGAGGAAGAAAAGCCUGAAAAGAAAAAAAAAAAAGAAAAGGAUAAAAAGGAAAUCAAAAAAACAGAAAAGAAAUCCAAAGGGAAGAAAGGGAAAGCCCAGAAAAAGAAAACAGAGGAAACUCCUCGUUCUAGAAAAGGAAGAAUAUUGUCAAAAAAGAGACAUUUUGGAGCAAGUGAUAGUGAGAAAGAAGAAGUUGAGGAAGAUGAGGAUAGCAGUAGUGAAGAAGAUGUUACCCCAGCAAAACAACCAAAAUCUUCAUCCAAAGGGAGACAAUCCAGGUCAACAAGGAAAUCUAAGACAGCUGAAAAAAUUGAAGAGGAACCAAAAGAUUUGGGUACCAGAAGAUCCAGUAGAAGGUUGUCUGCCCUUAGUACACCUGUAAGAGAGAAGAAAACCAAAGGUGGUAGAAAAAACUCUACAGUUAAUGGGAAUUUAUCUGAUGACGAUAGUGAUGAUGACUGGAAUACCCCCUUAUCCAAAACAAUGGAGAAAACACCAACCUCAUCUAGAGGCCGUGGAAGGAAAGCAAGGCAAACAUCUGUGGAGAGUGCUGAGUGUGAUGCAGAAGAAAGUGAAAAACCAAAAAAGAGAGGAAAACCCAGAAAUUCUGUGAAGAUUACACCAGAUUCCUCAGUUAAUGGUGAUGCUGACGACCAGAACAUAGAUGACAUGAUGGAUGAAGACUUGGAUAUGAGGUUUAAUAAGAUAAAGAACAAAGUUAGAGGUCAAGGUAGUAGCCGUCAAAGUUCAAGGAGAAAUAGCAUAGAGAACAAAGAAACCUUGGAAGCUGAUAGUAAAAAUGAUGAUGCAAAUGAACAGACCGCAGAAAUGAAAGAGGAUACUAAUGGAAUAGAAGAACCAAUGGAAACAGAUGACCCUCAGGAAGAUGAGGUUAAAGUUCAAGAGGUUGACAAUGCAGCAGAUAUGAAAGAUGUUGAAAAUAAAACUGAAUUAAAUACUGCUUCAAAUAAAACUGACUCAAAGAUUGACAACGAUAACCAGAUGUCAACAGUUAAACAGGAUUCAGGAGAUGAAGAUACCAAGCCUGAUAUUAAAUCAGAACAAGAAGAACAAGAAAAGAUAGAUGUUGAUAGUUCUGUACCAAAUACUAAUAAUAACCAUGACAGUCAAUCACAAGAAAGUGGCAUUAAAGACGAAGUAAAAAAUGAAAUUAAAUCUGAAUCUGAAGUAAAAAAUGAAAUUAAAUCUGAAUCUACUGAAGUGAAAGAAGAAAUAAAAUCUGAAGCUAAUGGAGUGAAAGAAGAAAAUUCCAAUAUGACUUGUGAUGAAGAUGAAUUAAAUGUAACUGAUUCUAAUGAACAUGACAGUGAAUUAAAGUUUGAGAACAAACCUCCCCCUAAACCAUUAUAUCAUAACCCACGAUGGCAUCUAGUGUGCUGUACAUUGGAGGAAUGGACAGCAGUGUCUGAAUCUUUAAAGGAUAGCACGACAAAGAAUGGAAAAGACCUGUAUAAAUGCAUUGUCAAUGAUUUCUUACCGGAGAUGCCAGCCAUCUUGGAAGCCAGGGAACAUGACAAGAGAAAACGUCAGGCAGAAAUGGCUCCUAGGCGAGUGUCAGCAAGAAUUACUAUGAAGAUGAGAGAGUUCCAAGAACAGGAAAGAAUAUUGGAAGAAUCACAUCAGUUGGAAGAGCAAUCUAGAAAAGAAGAGGAGGAAGAGAGAGAAAGACAGAAGGAAAUAGAGCGACAGGAGGAAGAAAGGAGAUUGAGAGAAGAAAGACAAAAAGCUAGAGAAGAUAGACAAAACCGUUUGGUGCAGAGAGAACAACGAGCUGCCCUGCUGGCUCUGGGUAAAGAGAUUCCACCAGAACUUAUGUACACAGGAAAUUCCUCUAACAGUAAAUACAUAGAUGAUGACAGAGUAGAAUUGGACAGAGAAACUUUGGAUGAUAUGGAGAAAAUGGUUGAAGAAAUUAAGUCCCAUAAAGAUUCCUGGCCUUUUCUGGACCCAGUUGAAGAAGAAAUUGCUCCAGGAUAUCAUGAAAUUAUAAAAAAACCAAUGGACCUGUCAACAAUAGAGAAAAGGUUGACAAGUGGGGGAUAUAGGACGACAAAGAAAUUUGUGGCAGACUUUAAUCUGAUGAUCAACAAUUGUUUCCAGUUCAGUGGGGCUGACAGUGAACUGGGAAGAAUGGCAACCAGAUUGAGGAAAUACAUUAACAAAUGUAUCAAGAUUUAUGUAGACAAAACUGACCAAGAUCAGGAUGAUGAAGAUUUCCAUGGCAGCGUUGCCAUACAAACAGAGAAGAAAUGGCGUCCUCGUAGAGCUGCAACAUCUAGAGCCUUAGAUACAAUUAAAGGGGCAUUUGAUGAUGACAAGUUUGAGGAACUUACUUCAACUCCUGGGCAUGAAUAUGCUUCUAGCACGCGAAAGAAAAGACUUAUUCCUGAAUUAUCAGCUGAUUCCCCUUCAAAGAAUGUAAUAAAUGGAGAACGCUUUUUCAAAAACCCUGAAAAUAAAACUAAUUCUGCCUCCCGUGUGUGGACAGAAUCUACAGAAACAACUAACGAAACCAAAAUAUUAACAGUCAAUGGCAAAACAUUUGUGUACAAGUUUAAUACCACACCUAUGAAUACAAAGAAGAAAAUCAUUGAGAAACCAGCUUAUAGUAUAUCACAAUCACCCGAGAAAACUACAACUAUUAAAUUACCAAAUGUGACUUAUAGUGGUAUGAAUACACUUAAUGCAUCCCCUAAAUUAUUAGUGAGACCUCCGUCAGCUGGAGGAGCUAUUUUACCAGUGUCAUCAAUGCCUGCCUCCUCUCCAUCAAGUAUAGCCACCGUCAAUACUCCUACUGGUCCAAAAAUCAUAAGGAUUAUGUCCCCUAAUUUGGGCCAGGGUAAAUCACCAGUACAACCCACAGUGCCUGCAAGUACACCAUUGAAGGCAAUUCGUAUAUCAGAUGGUAUGCUUCUGUUGGACGGUAAACCAACUGGAAUUCAUAUCUCUGGAAAAACAAAAAUAAUCUAUCGAGGGGCAGUAUCAAGUAGUCAAACUACUUCAACAGAACAAAGUGCUAUCAUGGUAACAAGUGGCCAGGUUAAUCCAACAGGAAGUACUAAUCCAGCCGUCAGAUCAAAUUCUCAUGUAGUUGGUCAGGUUAUGACACCUGCCGUUACAGGACAAAACAAUAGCCUGUUAUCAACAGGACAGGUCAGUGGACUGACUACAGUGCAAACUUCUGCACAACCUAUUAUACUUGCAAAGGCAUCGCCUGUAGUUAUGAACCAAAGUACAGUACAAUCAGCAGGACAACCGAUUAGUCUUCUUACACAACCUAUUAUAGCAGCAAGUUCAGUAACUCCAGCAAUUAAAACAGUGCAACCAUCUUCAUUACUUAAAUCUGUUGGACAAAUUUCCAGUGUUUGUGAUGGUAGUCUUUUACCAAAGUCUGUACGGCCAUCAGUUACAGCCACGGCUACUAGUUUAUGUCAGACAUUUUCUUUAUCAUCUCCCAUUUUAUCCAAUCAAAAUUCAGCAUUUUCUCCACAUACAAAUACUGUUGUAAAAUCUAGUCCUGUGCAGGUUAGUACUGACCAAGUCCUAGUCACAGGAAAUAUACCAAAUAUUUCUGAUUUAGAAAACCCACAAAAGACUAAUCAAUCCCAGGAUUCUGUGUUGCAGACAGAGGUCAUAAAAAAAUGUGAAGAAUCUCUAAUGGGACCACCGUUACUGGUUCCGCCAAAACGUAAACUGUCUGGCAGUCCAGAAAACAAAUCAAUUCUGCCACCAAAACUUCUACAUGUGAUAGGGCAUUCUCCUUCUAAUAAUGUGUUUGAAAACUGUGAUAAAUCUGAAAGUCGUGUAUCACCACCUAAUAUUGAAUUCAUGGGAUCCUCUGAUUCAACCGAUACGGCAGACAAUUUGUGUUGUGAUAAUGACAAUUCAGUCGGUGCUUCUGUGAACAACCAAUCUCAAAAUAUGGUAAAUAGUACCAGUUCUAGUGAUAUAUUUCCACCGUAUAAAAUUGCACAUUCAAAUUCUCCUGAUAAAGGAAAUCUAUUUGAAAUCUUAAAAACAAAUUUAACAGAAUCUUCAAAACAAGCAGAAAGUUCAAGUUCACAAGAGUCGUGUGAUUCUGGGUUGUCAAAGGGCAUGAUGGACAAAGUGUCUACAUUUGCUGCAAGUUUACAGUCAAAAACUCUGUCUGGUCAACUUAAUAUUCCAUCUCACUUACUACAGAAAUCACCAACGAAAGAUGAUCAGCUUAUAACAGAAUUCAUUGAAGAUUCCAGCAUUGUUCCCGUUAGUCAUGCAAACUCUCAAAGUUCUGUAGAAGGUCACCCUGAAUCUCCCAGUAUAUGAUAGAAUUGUAAAGGACAAAGUUUAUCUCAGAACAAAGAAGGAAAUCUACCAUGAUCUGAUGAUGGAUUUAGAUACUGUGAUAAUUACAUGUCUAGCAUAUCUUCACAACAAAUACUUUUAUGUCAUAACCUUCUAUCUGAGGAAAUUUUUGAAAUAUUUUUUUAUAUAAAAAGCAGACUAAUAAACAUUUAAAAUUUGAGUACAUUAUUAAAUCGGAGAACCAAUGAUAAAAACUGGUUCACAUUGAUUGUGAUAUUAUAAAUAUCUGCAUGUGAUACAGGGUUUAUGUUUAAAUCUUUAGAUUUAUGACACAGAUACAAUGUUACAUCAUCAGUUUAUACUUGUAAUAGGAAGUUAAUCAAAGGUAGCUUUAAGCAUUGAUCCGAUUUAUUUUUUAAAAAUGAAAUUUUGACAGCUCUUUUUUUAAUUUUUACUUAAAGACUAAUAUAAUUUCAUAUUAAAUUUUGUUAUGUGUGUUAAAAUUAAUUCUUAUUCAUGUGGGUUUUUUUUCUUUUUUUUUUUAGGGGGAAAUUGUUUUGCUAAGGGCUAUUCCAGAAAAAAGUGUGUCACUAGGGGCCAGAAAUCCUUUGAUUUAUAAUCAUGUUGUUGUUGUUG